AUGAGCAAGGAGCAGUUUCUGCAGGCGAACUUCCACUUCCUCCUCCACAAUCCAGCCUGGUCAGCGACGACAACGACAGGGGACGCUCGGUCCGCGUCCCCGGGUCUCCAGGAGGCUUUCUUCGACCCCGACGUGCUGGUGGACUGGGACACCGUUGACACCGUGCGGUUGUUUCGACGGGUUUCCAGGCGAAAGCAGGCGGUAUCCCCCCCCCCGGCGGUAAAGGUCAAGCCGAACCCCACCCCGCCCGCAACCGGUACACCGCCACCACCCCAGGGGACUAGCGAUGCGUCGGGAUGUUUGUCCGGUGCUGCUACUGCUGCUGCCCCGAAGGAGGAAGGGGGCCCCGCAGAGCGGGAGGGGGUACCCCCAGGGUUCAAAGGGCUGACAGUCUUGCGUGCUGCUGCGGAGGAAGGGGUAUCAUGGGGCAGCACCAGCAGCAGCAGCGGGAAGAAACCUACCGCCGCCGCCGCCGCCGCCGCCGCCGCCGCCACCGCCGCUCGCGAAGCCUCAGCGGCGGCGGAGUCACCGUUGGCGUUGGCGAUGUCCGAUGGGGUUCAGUCGAGGGUAGCCUCGCCCAGCGGCGACGGUGCUGCUGAUGACGACGGUACACAAGAGGAUGAGACGGGGGAAGAGGGAGAUUGGACGUGCCCGAUUUGUCUGGGGGUGCCGGUGGCCCCUAGGGUGACCAAGUGCGGACACGGGCCUUUCUGCCUGGUGUGCAUCCUGAGGCACUUGGACGGCGAGGCUUCCGCGAGAUGCCCGCUGUGUUUCGACAAGAUGCAAAGGAACCAGUUGCGCCGCGCCGCCUGCCAGGACGUGCGCCCCUACGUCCCGGGAGGUACCGCCAGCCUCCUCCUCCUGAGGCGAAAAAGAUCCUCCCUCGUGCCCGUACAAAGCGCAUCUGACAAGGGGACAGCAUCUGGCGUCCCCGGGGGAGCAACGGCUAGUAUUCCGGGGGGGGGUAGUGGCGGCGGGGGGGCCGUGGACGAGGGCUGGGCGGCGGCGGGGGGCGUUUGUCCCGCGGAGGGUGAUGGGUCGGAGCGAUUUUCGAGGCUCGUGAGGGCUGCGCCCAGCACGCUUCGAGAUCUGGCGGCCGCCGAGCAAAUGGCGCUACUCUCCUUCCGGCAUAGCUCUAUCGCGUCCGGGGAAACGGAGUGGGUGCCCUACAUCAGCCAGGCGCAAGCCUUGGUCAAGGCCCAGUUAGAUCGCUUUGCAGGCGUGCCUCCGACGACCAUCACUGCUAAGACUGCUACCAGCGGCCUGAAGCCUCAAGAACGGACGGCGGUAGGGCGAGGGGGGCUCGUGGCAUCGGGUAGCCCGGCGGUUGACGCUACCCCCCCAGGAACCAAGAGUAUUUCCGCGGAGACCCCGCCACAUGGUGGUGGUGGUGGUGUUAGUGGUGGUGGCAGGAGAGUUGAUAGUGCUCAGCGGGUUGAGGCUGAUUCUUCUUCCCCUGUGGGACUGGAAAAUGGCGCUGGGACUACUGUCGGACGGGGCUCCGGUGGAUCAUCUAGCGGGUCAUUGGUGGUAGCACCAGAGGCCGCCCAACCAAGCGCGAAAGGAAGCAGCAGCAGCGACAAACCGUCGCUCGGUACGAGGUCUAGCAGCGCGGCCGCUGGUGCUCACGGGGGAGGGGGCGGCGGAGGCGGGGAGGGAGGCGGCGGGCCGUUCAGGUUCUUUCAGUCUGUUGACGGGCAGAAGGCGUUCUUGCACCCCUUGGACAUGCGACAGCUGCUGGAGGAUGCGGAGAGGGGACUGCCGCUUCCCCCAAGGAUUGACGCAAAGGUGCUGGAGGUGGAGACGGUCAAGCUUACGCCGGAGCUGAGAAAGCGGCUGCCGUUUCUGGGCCACCUUCCCAUCCACUGCGACAUCAGCUUUCUGGAGGUGGACAUGUUGGACCUGGUGUCUGACGAGACGAGCCGCAAGUUUCGCGAAGAUACUCAAAAGCGAGAGCGAAAGCGUCGAAGCAGGGUGGCGCAGGAGGCGAGGUUAAAGAAGGAGGAAGCCCGCCUGGAACGAGACCGCGCGGACCGAAUAGCGGCCAUGCGAGCCUUCACGGUAGACCUGCAGGGGCCCACCCCAGGCGGAGCGGAGGAACCGCCGCGACAAUCACCUCCGCCGCCGCCGUCGAACCCAAACGCCUCUUCCUCCGAAGGUAGCGGUGACGGAGCGGCAGACAGCGUCCAUCAUGCCGCCACGACGAUCGUUGUGGGAGGAGGCGAUGCCAGCAGCGCGCCAUCGAGCAGCGCCGGCUUGGGGGGAGUUGCUACCGACGAAACCGCCGUCGCCGCUGGCGUGUCUUCCGCGGGGGCGGGGGGCUGGUCGUUCGCCAGGGUAACUGCCAUGAACGGCCACUUCCCGACCCUCAAACCAGACGCUGGUUCUAGUGGUAGCGGCUCCGUCGGCAAUAACGCCGCGGCGGGGGCCUGGGGCGGUGCCGCCUCUGUUACAAGCACCGGUAGUGUCCCCGUGGGCGGAAGUAGCGCCGGGGGUGUGUGGGGCGGAAGGGGGAACGGGCUGCUCUCCAGCGGGGCAGCGGCAUUGCCGACUACUGCUGUGCGAGAGAACAGGGUGGUGGUGGUGGAGGGGGAAGGGGCAGCCGGUCCCGGUGGUGGGGGGAAGAAGAAAGGGCGUAAGGGGAAAGCGGUGUCCUUGUUCUCAAACGCCGGCGUCAGGGGCGGAUCGCGGUAG